AUGGCAGCCCUAGGCGAUGAUUCAAGGGAUUUGGAUGACAUAACUGGUGGUCUCCGCCCGCGGAGGCAUGACGAUGACGAUGACGGCUCGGAUAAUGGGGAUGACGACCUAGAAAGUACAACUAGUGCUCCAGCUGCUGGGAAUGCAGAAAAUCAAAGACACACAGAGGAGGAAAAGGAGCUUCCGCCACAUGCAUGCGCAUAUUGCGGCAUUCAUAACCCGAGCAGUGUUGUGAAAUGUCUCUCAUGCAGCAAGUGGUUUUGCAGCGCUCGUGGAAAUACCUCGUCCUCUCACAUUGAAGUGCAAUUACACCCUGCCUCGUCUCUCGGAGAUACAAUUUUGGAGUGCUAUAAUUGUGGAACUAAGAACUCUGAUACGGUCGUUGUAUUACUAUGCCGUCAGCCUUGUGCCGCCAUGCCGUCGUCUAAGGAUAUGAACUGGGAUACUUCUCGUUGGCAGCCACUAAUAGAAGAUCGUUCGUUUCUGCCAUGGCUUGUAGCUGCGCCAUCUGACCAGGAGCAGCUGCGAGCUCGCCACCUCAGCCCUCAGCUCAUUGCGAAACUGGAGGAAAUGUGGAAAGAAAACUCCCAAGCCACGUUUUCAGAUCUCGAGAAGGCCACUGCUGUAGAUGACGAACCUGCCCCUGUUCUUUUGCGUUAUGAUGAUGCUUUCCAGUAUCAGAACAUUUUUGGACCACUCGUCAAGAUUGAGGCGGAUUAUGACCGGAAGUUGAAGGAGUCACAGUCGCAGGAUGGGUUGAUUGUGCGUUGGGAUCUUGGUCUCAACAACAAACAUCUAGCUAGCUUCAUUCUACCAAAGCUUGAGCUUGGAGAUGUCAAACUGGCUGUGGGAGACGAAAUGCGACUGAAAUACACUGGCGAACUUCGGCCCAAGUGGGAAGGGGUUGGAUACGUCAUCAAGAUCCCGAAUAACCAGUCUGAUGAGGUUACUAUUGAAUUGCGAGCAAAGGGAGAUCAUAAGUCGGUGCCUACAGAGUGUACACACAAUUUUACUGCCGACUAUGUAUGGAAGUCCACCUCCUUUGAUCGUAUGCAACUCGCCAUGAAGACGUUCGCAGUUGAUGAGAUGAGCGUUUCUGGCUACAUUUUCCAUCGGCUCCUGGGUCAUGAGGUCGCUGCUGCACCAAUGAAGACACAGAUGCCCAAGAAGUUCAGUGUCCCUGGGCUUCCAGAACUAAACGGUAGCCAGAUCAACGCAGUCAAGAGCGUCCUACAGAGACCACUGAGUCUUAUUCAAGGACCUCCCGGAACCGGAAAGACUGUCACUUCAGCUACCAUCAUUUAUCAUCUUGCCAAACUUAAUGGCGGCCAGGUCCUAGUCUGCGCUCCUUCCAACGUCGCUGUUGAUCAACUCUGCGAGCGUAUUCACAGAACCGGUCUGAAGACAGUGCGUGUAACCGCCAAAUCCCGUGAAGAUGUGGAAUCUCCCGUUGGCUUCUUGUCUCUGCAUGAGCAACUUAAUCAGCUCAAGUCGGAACUCGGGGAGUUGUCGAGUCAGGACGAAAAGCGAUUGAAACAACUCACGCGUUCAGCGGAGCGCGAGAUUUUGAACAACGCUGACGUUAUUUGCUGCACUUGUGUCGGCGCUGGUGACCCACGCCUCGCGAAACUCAAGUUCCGCACUGUAUUGAUUGACGAAUCUACUCAAUCAGCCGAACCGGAGUGCAUGAUUCCAUUGGUUCUAGGAUGUAAGCAAGUUGUCCUCGUUGGUGAUCAUCAGCAACUUGGGCCCGUCAUUAUGAACAAGAAAGCAGCUAAGGCAGGUCUCAACCAGUCGCUUUUUGAGCGACUCUACCGUAUGCAUCCCUGUCUUUCUGAAUUCCCUUCGAACAUGUUUUACGAGGGCUCUCUGCAAAACGGCAUUUCAUCUAUUGAGCGUCUUCGUCGUGAUGUUGAUUUCCCAUGGCCCAUCAGCGACAAUCCUAUGAUGUUCUGGUCGAACUUGGGUAAUGAGGAGAUUUCCGCCUCUGGAACAUCUUAUCUCAAUCGUACAGAGGCUACAAAUGUGGAAAAAAUUGUGACCCGUUUCUUCAAGGCUGGGGUGCAGCCUCAAGACAUUGGUAUCAUUACCCCUUAUGAAGGCCAGCGUAGCUACAUCGUUAGCUCCAUGCAGGCAACUGGUACCUUUAAGAAGGAACACUACAAGGAGAUCGAAGUUGCUUCCGUUGAUGCUUUCCAGGGACGAGAGAAGGAUUUCAUCAUCCUGUCUUGUGUGCGUUCCAACGACCACCAAGGCAUCGGUUUCUUGAGCGAUCCCCGUCGUCUCAAUGUCGCACUUACACGAGCGAAGUAUGGUCUCGCGAUCCUUGGUAACCCGAAGGUGCUAUCUAAACAUCCCUUGUGGAACUGCCUGUUGCAGCACUUCAAAGAACGGCAUUGUCUAGUUGAGGGCCCUCUGUCCAAUCUCCAGGAAUCCCUAAUCCAGUUCAGCCGCCCUAAACAGGCAUAUAGAGGGCCCCAGCGAUUCCAGAUGGCUUAUAACCACGCCUCUAGCGUGACAAGUGGAAUGAUGAAUGGAAGAAAUGGCCACCGCAACGACUUCCACGACACCGGAUCCGUGGUGGGCUAUAUUCCUGACGAUGUCUCCUCUGUACACUCUUCUGCUCUUGGUGGUGUUGGUAUCCCUUCAGGAUAUCCUCCUAUGUUCCAGAACUUCGCAGACUCUUGGCCUACCCUCCCAGGAAAUCGUCGGGCCAAUGGUAACAGAGGGAAGGGAGCACCUAGCAUUGCUGGCGAAUCCAUUGCGGCGACAGAAUCCGACGUUACUGCAAGCAUCAUCGAUGGCAAGAGUGUCGACCAGGGCGGCGUGAGUCUCGCUGGACUUAGUAUCCAUGAUAUGAGCAAACAGCCCAGUCUCAGUCAGUCCGACCGUUUGAAACGCUAUGUCGAAUCCGGUGGUCGCGAACCCUACAAGCCUGGUGUUGCUGAUAAUAACAGCAUCUUUGGUGGAAGCUCUGCCAGCAUUCGUGUUACUCGUGGUGUACCAGGCCAUAUCAUUGAUGACGACGACACACGCAGCGUUUCUACGGCGUUUGCGAGCCAGGUAGGGGGAAACUACGACUGA